CUGUGUGCUGAGAUCUCAAUCAGAAGUCAAUUCGAUUCGGUUUUACCGCCUCUCCUCCGCGAGUAGGACGGGCUUAUCACGGCAAUACACAACUGUUUCAGUGACUGAACGAUGGCAGUGAAUCUAAGCAAAAACGGCAUUGCCCUGACAAAUGCCUACAAGGAGGUGGUAGAUGAGAAAUCCAACACCAAUUGGGCAUUGUACACCUACGAGGGGAACACUAAUGAUAUCCGAUUGGCAGAGAAGGGAGAUGGUGGACUGGAGGAACUGGUGGAGGAACUUAGCAGCGGGAAAAUUAUGUACGCGUUCUGUCGUGUCCAGGACCCAAACUCUGGCCUGUGCAAAUACGUCCUCAUCAACUGGACUGGAGAAGGUGUGAAAGAUGCCCGGAAAGGACUAUGUGCCAAUCAUGUCAGCUCCAUGGCAAAUUUUCUCAAGGGUGCCCAUGUCACAAUAAAUGCCCGUGCAGAGGAGGAUGUGGAACCUGAGGCUAUUAUGCAAAAGGUGGGCAAGGCCUCGGGGGCCAACUAUAGCUUCCACAAAGAGUCCAACAAGUUCCGAGACGCUGGUCCCCAGGGACCUGUGGGCUCUGUCUAUCAGAAGACCAACGCUAUGUCUGAAAUCAAACGCACCAAUAAAGACAACUUCUGGGCGCAAGCAGAGAAAGAUGAGGAGAAGCGGCGCCAGGAGGAGCGCUGUAAGGCAGACGAGGAGCGCCAGAAGCUGGAGAAAGACAGGAAGGAUCGAGAGGCCAAGGAGGCAACUCUCAGAGAGAAGAGAGACAAGGAAAGGGCCUCUAUGAUCGACCAGCAGAAGAAGUACCAGCAGCAGCAGGAAGCUGAGAGCAGAGAAGAUGAGAAACAACAAUGGGAGGAGCAGGAGAAGGACUUCCAGGCAACUCAGAAGAAAGGGAUGAAGCGUGGUGAAUCUGUGGAGAAAGCCAAUGAGGCAGCCAAUCUGAUCUCACAGCGCUCUAUGAACCCCAGAGAGAUGUUCAAGCAGAGAGAGAAGGGCAUGGACACCCCUGCUGCUACCCACACCACUGUCAGCCCCCAGCCAGGGCGUUUGCAAAGCCCUUUUCUCUCUAAGCAACCAUGUGAGCCUGAGCCGUCCCGCUCGCCCCUACGCCAAGCCUCGCCACUUUCUGCAGGCUCUGCCUCUCCUGUCCCUGCUGCAGAACCCAGUGUGGAUGAGCUCGUUGUGGAUGAGUCAUCCCAGUCUGAGUGCUUGGAUGAGCAGGAUGCAACCCCUGUUCAGGAUGCAGUCCCUGAGGAACAGUGGCAAGAUGAAGUGAAGGCACCAGCUCCUCCCACUCAGCACAACCAUCCCACAGAGCCAGCCCAAAAUUAUCUCUAUGAGGAGCCCCCACAGGUGGAAGAGAACACAUUUGAGGUGCCUGCAGGGGAGAAGACGGACCGAGGUGUCUGUGCCAGGGCUCUAUACGACUACCAGGCUGCUGAUGACACAGAGAUCUCCUUUGAUCCUGAUGACAUCAUCACUGGCAUCGAGAUGAUUGACGAGGGCUGGUGGCGGGGCUACAGCCCAGACGGGCAUUUUGGAAUGUUCCCAGCUAAUUACGUGGAGGUUAUUUAGGUCCAUACCUCGCCCACUCACUAGAUCAGCAUAUUGGAGGCAUAUUGG